GAAAGGCACAUAUAGACUUAUUUAAAAUUUCUGGCCCUGACCCAAAGAUUUUUUUGCAACAGACCAGCCUCAAAAUUUGACAGGCAGAUUGAUCACAAGCACUCCAAUCAGAUGAAGUUUGAAUUACAGCUCGUAGAUCAUCGCCCCGGACAAGAUACCUAGUACUGUCAUAUAUGGAGAUGCACGGGUGUUUAUGCAUGACCUUCGAGAUGAUCAUCGUAGUGGCCAUCUACCAAGUGCAAUCUCCAAAUGACAGAAAAAUACAUCUUGCAGGAAAACACUCUCCCGGAAUUCAUAGCCGAGCCCGUGAAAUACCUCUCAGUAGUCUCCAAACAGGGGUCUGUGAAGAACAUUCUCGGAGAACUACUAAAACAGAGCCAUGUCUAUAAGGGCACAGUUAAUGACAAUGUUUUCGAUAUAGCCGAAUCGAUUGUCGGCUCUGGGGCCCAGUACUUCAGUCUCAAACUAAACAAGAACAGGAACACCCUCAAGAUUGAUUCAAGAACACCGAAAACAGUCACAAUCACUUUGACAGAGCACGUCUUCAAUCACCACGCGUACGCCGCCAGGUACAUGAAAUUUAAGAAGCUCCAGCCGGCAAAAGGUUCGUCAGAUUACAUUGUGUAUCACACUGUCACUGCCAACUGGAACGGCCCCGAGAAGUAUAGCAAGGACUUGUAUGCGUUGGUCUCCGAGGUCUUUGCGUGUGCGGAACUCGUGCUUCUAACAGAUUCUGUCUAUGCCCCAAAAGACGAGGUAGGCUCACUUAUGGAUUUGCACGAGUCGGCUGUGGUGCUGGAAGUGAAGGUAUUUUCCCCCGGAGAAGUGGAUUCUGGAGACAGCAUUGCUGAGACACCCGAUCUCUUGAAAUUAGACGUUGAUGAGCACCACGAAGUAUACGAAUACUUGUCGUUAGUACACCUCAACUCUCUUCCAGAUUAUCGGAACUCACAUGUGGGGGCAACUUCCAUAUAUGAAACUCCGCAGGCAGUACACGAUUUGCAUUUGCCAUUGAACUCAGCUUCGCUUGCCACGGUUGCAAAUGUCAAUCCCGUAUUAUUCUAUGCUCUUGCCAACAAUCCCGACGUUUUGUCUGUUCAGGCGACAACCAUAAGUGGGAGUUACCUCCUGCUCAUAUUGCCUGAUUCGUCAUGGAUGUGGACACUUCUCCGGUGAGUCAGUCCCAGCUUUUGGCAAAAACU